AUGUCUUACCACGGAGCCCCCACGAAUAAUCAAUACGGUGGCAAUGACUACUAUGGCCAGCAGCAAAGUCAGGGUCAGGGCCACUACCCGCCUCCGCAAGGCCACGCUGGCGCUCAGCAGCCCGGCUACUAUCCUCAACAACAACAACAACAACCAUAUGGCCAGCCCCCGUACGGUCAACCUCAAUAUGGCGGACAAUAUCCCCCUCGCGAGCAAGGCCAACAUGGUUACGGUGCACCCCCUCAAUACGAGCAGUACCAGCAAGGACCCAGCUACGGCUACAACCAACAAAUGCCUCCUCAAGACCAGGUUCACUCGCCUUAUCCACCCCAACAUCAGCAGCAGCAGCAGUAUCAGCAUGGUGGAGCAAACUCUUCAUACUACGGCGGUGAAGCUGCUCAAUAUCCGCAUCAGCAGAACCCGGGCUACGCCCCUGGCCCCGGAGGUCCGCAGGGAGAAAAGGGACUUGGGUCAACUCUUCUCGGGGGCGCAAUGGGAGGAUUCGCGGGCCAGAAGAUGGGCGGUGGACUCCUAGGAGCAGCAGGCGGUGCUGCCUUGGGCGCCAUUGGUAUGAACGCUGUAACUCAUGAAGUGUAA